CAUAUACCUAUAGGUGCACGCAUGUCGUUGAAAACCACCUUGUAUAGGUAAUUUGUACAUUCUUUUGUAUUCGUAUUUGCAUUUGUAUGAGCGUCAUGCCCGACGGACCUGGUGCGCUUUAGAAGCACCCAUUAUUAUUAUUGUGUAUCUCUUAAAAUACGAGGGAUUGAUAGCUGGUUUGGUAUAUCGUCUACACUUGCACAGUGCGUAUAGCGGAACACCAUGACGUCAUCGGAGGGGAAAGUCCCAGCCUUGGUGAGCACGGAGUGGUUGGCUGAAGCUCUGAGGACGCAGAAGACCCCGGAUGGAAGACCGCUUCGAGUCCUUGAUGCGACGUACCGACCCGGUCCUGCGAGCGCAGGCCGGGACGCCCACGACAAGCAACACAUUCCAGGCAGUCUCCACAUCGACCUCGACCAGCUCCGCGACAAGGACACCACCUACUACUACACCAUGCCUACCCCGGAGUUCUUCGCCGAGUUCGUCGGGAAGACCCUCGGGAUCGACAAGGACACACACGUGGUCAUUUACGAGAACGAACUGUUCUACAAGAUCAUGUCGGCGCCUCGGAUCUGGUGGAUGUUCCGCUAUUUCGAUCACGGUGUCGUGUCGGUGCUCGACGGCGGGCUCCAGCAGUGGAUAGCCGAGAACCGAGCGGUGACCGAUGAAGCGACGCCGUCACCUAAGCCGGCGACUUUUAAGGUGACGAAGACGCGAGCUGAGAUCUUUAAGAACUACGAUGACGUCUUGCAGAACGUGAAGGAACCCAGUUUCCAGUUGAUGGACAGUCGUCCCGUGGACUGGUAUGAUGGAUCAAUGCCUUCCGCUUAUCCAGGUUUAAAAUUAGGCAUCAUGAAGAUGGCACUGAACAUCCCCUUCCCCAACGUCCUCCUCGAAGACUCCACCAAGUUCAAGUCAGCCGAUGACCUCAGGGCCCUCUUCCAGUCAAAUGGCAUUGACCUAUCACGACCUUUGACCUCGACCUGCUUCGUCGGGGUCACCGCCUGCAUCCUGGCCCUAGGGGCCUUCGUGGUCGGGAAGGAAGACGUGGCGGUGUUCGACGGGUCGUGGGACGAAUAUUCCCAGAGGGGUCCCGGGGAUUCCAUGACAAUUUAUGAGGAAAAAGUCAAACCUUGAAGUAUCCCUGAUAUACCGUCAUCCUAGGCAAGCGUCGCUUAUGAUGGCGCUCUCCUGCACUUUCCCACAGAUAGUUUGGAUACUACUUUAAAUUCAUAAUACUAUAAUGAUAAUAUUCCGCUUUUAUAUA